AUGGAUUUCUGGCAGAAAGCUCGGAGCUUCGCCGAAGAAGCGGCGAAGCGUUCACAGGAGUUCACCAUUGAAGCCGCGAAGCGUUCACAAGAACUCACCAAAGAAGCCGCGAGGCGGUCACAAGACUUAACGAUUGGGUCGUCCAAACUCUCCGACAUCGUCUCCGAGGCCUCCAAACGCUCGAAGGAGAUCGCUGCCGAGGCGUCCAAGCGAGCCGAUUUAAUCAAAACCGAAGCAUUGAAGCGAGCUGACCAGAUCAAGUCCCAGAUUCCGCUGUCACAGCUCGUUGACUCGUCAGCUUCGGUUCAAGAGACGGUGACGACGGAGGAGUUGGAGAAGUUUGGGGUUACGGAUGAUUUGAGAGAAUUUGUGAAGGAAAUUACGUUGAAUACUUUUAAGGAUUUUCCCUUGGAAGAGGAGGAGAGCUUGGGAUCAAGAAGUCAAAGUCCCUUUAAUCAUGCUUUGCUGGGAAGUGGCUAUGGAGGAGUGUUAAAAGCCAUUCUUACUGAAGAUAAUCCAAGGAUUCAUGUCAAUUGGUGCUAUAUGUGGAGAGGCGGUGAGAAGGUUAACCAUAUUCUUCUUCGUUGUGAUGUUGCUAUAGCGUUGUGGAUUGCAUUGGAAUGUGGAGAUGCUUGUGAUGGAAUAGCAUUUGGGUUUCUAACGUCGAUUAGGAUUAGGAUGAAGACAAAGUUCUGCAACUUAUGGACAAACAAUGAAGACUAUCACUUUGAGUUAUGUUUCAAAAGUGAAAUCUCAGAAGGAGUGUUAAAAGCCAUUCUUACUGAAGAUAAUCCAAGGAUUCAUGUCAAUUGGUGCUAUAUGUGGAGAGGCGGUGAGAAGGUUAACCAUAUUCUUCUUCGUUGUGAUGUUGCUAUAGCGUUGUGGAUUGCAUUGGAAUGUGGAGAUGCUUGUGAUGGAAUAGCAUUUGGGUUUCUAACGUCGAUUAGGAUUAGGAUGAAGACAAAGUUCUGCAACUUAUGGACAAACAAUGAAGACUAUCACUUUGAGUUAUGUUUCAAAAGUGAAAUCUCAGAAGAUGAUUCAGAAAUGUCUGAUAUUCCCACACUAUCAAAUGUUCGGCAGGAUCUUACAAAAUGGCAAGAAAGACAUGCCAAGCUUGUUCUCUCAACUGUCAAGGAGCAGGACACUGUGUUAAAUGCUGUUUCAGCUAGAAUUACGAAAGCUAUCCGGUUCCCUUUGCCUUUUGUAUGUAUGUUAUUGAGAAUUCCUGGGAAGGAGAGGCAAGUGAUUGGUUUAGUGUUAAAAGUUGAGGCUCUCGAGAUGAGAAGCAGAGGCUCUUCAGAAGCUAACAUAUCUGAAGUUUCGAAGCUAAGAUACGAGUUAUGCCCGCGGGUCAUGAAAGAGAGGAAGUUUUGGAGGAUAUAUUUUAUUCUUGUGAAUAGUCAUGUGGCUCCGAAAUUGAAAGCAUGGAAUUGAGAUUUUGCCAUGAGAUGUCUGCCUGGUCACCUGUAUGAGUGCUGGAGCGUGUUGAAAAAAUUGGAAAUAACGAAUCCUGGGAGUUGAUGUUGGACAGAUUAUUAGAUGAGGAAUUGUUGAGAAAUAACCAGUGCAGUCUUGUCGUAUUCCUCUCUUUAUGCGUGCAUGUGAACGUGUGCCUGCAUUGGAUAUGGAG